CUGCACAGCCCAUUUCAGGGAUCUUUGACCAAUAAUGCCUCUCUAACGCACCUGGCAUUCCCUAGUUCGAGGAUAUUAACGACGUCUCAGGGUGGCGUUACCCAGGUUUCCACCCGUAAUUAUUCAAGGAGGGCGGGGAUAGUUUUAUCUCCAGUCCAUCGCCGGCUUCGGCCCCACCAUUUUUCUUCCAAAACCAUUGCCCCAGCUAGACAGAACUGCCAGUUAUUUAUUUCUUCAUUCAGAGUCCAGACAUUUAGUAAGUACUAAAGGCUGUCAAACAAAGGACAAGUCAUUAUGACCUCCAUUGCUGGGGGCCGCAAGCCUAAGGUGCUGAGUUUUGGCCCAAUAAAUUAUGCUGAUGGAGGGGAGGGAUAUAUGAAGGAUUUUGAAAAGCAGUGGGAUAUAGAUAUUCUCAAACCCACAAGCCGUAUAGACACAAUCGCAAACCUCAAAACGAAAGUUUCUCACUCUGGGCCUUACGAUGCCUUGAUGAUCCAUGAUCUUGACCUGAUCAUUGACGAGGAGAUGCUUACGCCGCUGCUACCAGGCCUCAAAGUCGUUGUGUCGGCGUCAGCUGGAUAUAAUGAGUUCGAUGUUAACUUCAUGACUGCGAAUGGUAUUUGGUUCUGCAACGCAAGACACGCAGUCUCCGAAGCCACAGCGGAUUUGGCCGUCUUCUUGAUCCUGGCGGUGGUGAGGGAUACGACCAGGGGAGAGAAGCAGGUGCGGGAUGGAAGAUGGAGGGGGCAGAUUACGCCAACUUUAGAUCCGAAUGGGUUGACCUUAGGAAUCAUAGGUAUGGGUGGAAUUGGGAAGCAUAUCGCAAGGAAGAUUUCUUGUUUCGAGAUGAAAGUACAUUACUAUAACCGCAACCGCCUCUCACCCGAAGACGAGUACCGGUACGGUGCGAAAUAUUGCUCCAGCAUGGAGGAACUACUCUCAAUCUCCGAUGUUGUUUCUGUGAACUGUCCGCUGAAUGCCAGCACGCGUGGCUUGAUCGGCAAGGCAGAGUUCGCACGAAUGAGAGACGGUUCUUUCAUCGUCAACACCGCCCGUGGUGCAAUUGUGGACGACGAGAGUCUUGUUGAAGCCGUCAAGAGCGGAAAAAUUGCAAGAGCUGGCUUGGACGUUUUUACCGACGAGCCGAAGGUUAACCCGUAUUUUGUCGAAUGUGACCGAUUUACCUUGCAGCCUCAUCUUGGAGGCAUGACUGUGGGAACAUUCAAGAAGGCGGAAAGGGAGUGCUGUGAGAACUUGAAGUCUUGGUUCCAGUCUGGGAAACCGUUGAUGUCUAUCAACAAGGCUUGACUCGUCACGGCCUGCUAAAUGUAGGGACUAGUUAUUUAUAUAAUCUAGUGUCUCCAGAUUUAGAAUUUAUGGUCAUUCUUCAAAGCUAUACUUGAAGUCUAAAGAUCUGGAUUAUCUACACUUUGACUUACGA